CCAAUUGUAAGUUAAAUAUUAUUCGCGGUUUGGAGAAUAUCGGAAAAUUUCAAUAAAACAAAGUCUACAAUACGAGUCAUGAGCCAGAAUCGUCUUGUAUUAGAUUUCAUGCCAGUGUCGCGUACAUAUUAAUACAUGAAAUUCCAAUUUCCAAUUAAAGCGUCUUCUGACAGUAUUGUAUGUCAACCGUGUGUACAUUCAUACUGUUAUAUAUAUUUAUAUAUAUUAUACACACACACGUGCGCGUGCACACGUACAUAUCGCUAGUUCCAGUUUCUUCGGAUUUAGUUGAAAUCUUAUCGUCGUGGACGCUGCGUCAAAAAUGAAACCACGUUUCCUGGCUUCCUCGGCAGUUUUCUGCUGUUUGACUCUCUUACUGUUACAAGAAUCCAAAGCUGGUCGCGAAAACAUUCAAGUUAGAGAUGUGGAAAACAAUGCAACUUGCCGGGAGGAUUUAUUUAAACUCGAUCAAAAUAUAUAUAAAGGAAGAAGAUCGCUAUCAAAAAAGGCAUUAGAUUGUUUUGGACUUGGAAGACAUUUUGCUAGAGCUUUGGAUUUCUUUUUGAAGAACAAUGCUAAUGGAACUUCAAUGUUUACGCAGAAAGUCAAAUUUUAUGCGUCUUCGAGAAAUAUGCCAGAAAGGGUGGCCAUGUCGCAUUUGACAGCAUUCGAUUUGACUGGUGUUGAUUUUAAUAUCACACGAAGGACCAUAAUGAUUGUCCAUGGAUUUCUCGCCAACGGAGAUGAAAAAUGGAUUGAAGAUAUGAAGAAGGCUUUUCUGAAAUGGGACGAUGUGAAUAUUUUUGUUGUCGACUGGAGUGAUGGCAGUAACACGUGGAAUUACUACAAAGCAGCGGUAAAUACUCGCACGGUCGGAGAUCAAAUCGCUACAUUUUUCGGACAACUUGUCGAUUCAGUCAUCGAGUAUAACGAAGUAAACACAAUUUCUGAUACGUUUGGCUCGUUGCAUCUCAUUGGUCACAGUUUGGGCGCUCAUAUUUGUGGCUAUGCUGCUAAAGAAAUGAAGAAGCGACAGAAUAAAUGGCUCGUCCAGCGAAUCACUGGACUUGAUCCAGCUCAGCCGUGCUUUAUCAAUUCCGAUCCGUCGUUGCGUUUGAAUCAGGAUGACGCGCCGUUCGUUGAUAUCAUUCAUACUAAUGGACGUGUAUUGGCUAAACUUGGGCUUGGUAUGCCACAUCCUUUAGGCGAUGUUGACUUUUACCCAAAUGGUGGAAAAGUCCAACCUGGUUGUGGUUUGUCGGCUACCUCUAUAUGGACUUAUCUACCAUUACCAAUUGAAAAAAUUGCAAAAACAAUCUGUAGUCAUGGCAGAUCUUACAUGUAUUUUAUCGACUCGAUCAUGUCAGAAGUUAGACGUAGUUGUAGAUUUUGGGCUCAAGAGUGGGACUUAAAUUACGAAAGAUAUGAUGUACUUUUUGAAGUUGAUUGUAAGGACAAAAAAUGUGUCGAGAUGGGAAUAAACGCUGAGAAUUACAUUUUCAAUGGUACAUUUUUGACGAUUACUGGAAAGACGCAGCCUUACUGCUUUAUCGGCCCGGAAGCAAAAAAGGAAGUGAAAGAAAUCAUGGAUCAUACGAAAAGAAAAUUAUCGUGCAAAACCAGUGCCGAAUCAUAGCGCAGCGAUGCAGAGGACGUAAUUUUAGUAAUUUAUGAUUAAAGAAAUUUUCAGAGAUAACCUAGAAUAACGGCGUAUUACUUUCGUAAGAUAGAUUUACUUGUAAGGUUGUCUUUCAAAUGACAACGGUCAAUGAAUCUCAGUAAUUAAUGUUAACGUUUGCUCAAAGUAUAUUUUGCGUAUGUUUCCAAGCGUCAGGAGCCCGCAGAUACUGUAUCGAAGGACAGAGCAAUUUAACUAAAACUCGUGCAAGAUAGCUCGAGCAUUCUUUGUCUCUUCUACUACAAUCAAUGUCAUUUCACCAUUGCGUCAGAUAUUUGUUGUCGUUAGACACGCCGCACUCCAUCGCUCGUGCGAGCGCGUUUAUUGCCAAUGAAAUUCAGCAACGUAACAAAAGCAUUAAUAACGCGCCUAAUCCUCGAAAAUACGUUUCUUUGAAAAGCCCUGGAAAAUAAGAUAACCCAUCAAGCAGUCUCGCGGCGCCGCAACAAAUCACGAAAAGCGUCCAACCUGUUGCGCGCCACGACAGAAACGUUAGGCUUUCGAGUUGUAUGUGUAUACGUCGGCUCUUUACGAGCUGUAAAUCCUUUGGCAAUUAAACGCAAGUGUCACGACUGUUUGUUGCGUGGGUGUUAUAAGUUGCGCAAAGUGUUUGAAGCGAGAGAGAGAGAGAGAGAGAGAGAAAGCAGCGUUUGCGUGCACGCGGAGAGAGAUCGCUCGCGUUUCACGUGGCGCGUGCGCGCCACGUCAAUCACCGCGAUUUAUCCGCGAGCGCCGCCGCGUUCGCGGUGCGGGUAAUGUCGUGUGUAUGCGUUGCGAAAGUUUAAAGUGAAAAUUGCUCGUUGCUGUUUGACCGCGCGACGCAUGUCGAUUGCGAGCUGACGUAAGAAACAAGCCUUAUGAUUCCGUGUGAUAUUCUUAUGCGUUAUUGUUGCAUAGAAAUUUAGGGCCUAGCUGUUCAUUGAAGUUACGUUGCGUGCACCAAGUGCUCAUUAAAUUCGUAUAAAUUACAUGUAAAUAAUUAACUUAUUCAAGAUGCUAAACUGUGAUUAUUAGUAAACGUUGAAACGCUUCGAAAUUUCAGAAGCCAGAGAUCGCGCGCCAGGCAAAUUGCCUGACAUAGUUCAUAAUUGGCUUUAAUUGCUGACCGAAUUAUUAUCGCAGCAAUCUACGCGCGUACACAAAUCUCCAUGUCGCUCCCUGUCCAUUCCAGCUUCUCUCCUAUAAACCUGAAGUGUAGUUCGUAGUUCGUAAUAAAAUCCAUCGCAGCUGCA